AUGAAAUGUUAAAAUCGCAUAAUUUAAUACUAGGUAUACCUGGUGCACUAUACAAUUUUCAUCCCAUCCAUUGAAUUGCUCUAAUUGUGAAUGACUCAAUAAGAAAAUUUUCCCUCUCAGUUCUCUUCUGAAGCGCACCUGCGUUCUCCAUUGAGGCGCCUUAUUAUACCUUACACAUUGAAGCAGCUUCUGAGAAUCCUUUGAUGUUAGGAUUGAACUAUGAAAUUAGGCCUGUUCUCGCUGGGCUCAGGCUGGCUGCCCCUCCUGCCCUGGCUCGGGGAUGGGUCUGGCCUUUUCGACGUCUGCACACUGCUUCUCCUCUUGCUCAAGAAGUAGGUGCGCUGCGUACAGAUAGUGCUGUGAGUUUAAGAGGAGUGUCUCUUACUUUAUUAGCUGCAGAGAAGGAAGAAGCCAAGGCUGUUUUGAUGUUAUUUCUGAAAAAACAGGGGUUGAACAAAACUGCUGCAUCAAGAGCCAUAAACAAGUCAGAUCUUUUCAUUGACCACCUCGUAUCCCAGCUUCACUCCAUUCACAAAUCUCGGUAUCUCGUAGGUAGGGAGCUGACAACCCUAGAAAUCAGAGAUGCUCUUAUUCCUUACCUGGAAAACCUGCAAAUAGAGCAUGGAAGCAAUCUGGUUGAUGUCGUGGAGAACUUUCCAAAUGUGCCUGUUAACGAAAAUGUGACAGCAGAAGUUGUCUCCCCAAGUGUAAUUUUGGAAUCUAAAAAGCUGCCUGAUGAGACUUCAGAAUCCCGGAAGCUCAAGGCCAUUUCACGGGUUAGUGGGUCUGUCCCUAUAGAUAAGCUUCCUCAGCAUGUUAUUUAUCUCAUUGAACUUGGAAUGGAUCUUGAGGAUAUCCAGCAGAUUACUCGAAAGUUCCCAGCUUUUGCUUACUACAGUUUGGAUGGAAAAGUCAGACCUGUGGUUGAGUUUCUUCUUGAACUUGGAAUUCCCAAAACCGAAUUACCCAUAAUUCUUCGUAAGAGACCACAAUUAUGUGGAAUCAGUCUUUCUGAAAAUCUAAUACCCACCAUGAAGUUUUUGGAGGGCUUGGGUUUGGACAAGGAAAAAUGGGCAAAAGUAAUAUACCGAUUUCCCCCCCUUCUUACAUAUAGCAGGCAAAAGUUAAUGUCAACAGUUGAUUUUCUGUAUGAAAUGGGUCUCACAGCACAGGAUGUUGGCAAGAUUCUGACCCGUUGUCCCAACAUAAUAAGCUAUAGUGUUGAGGAAAACUUGCGGCCAACAGCAGAGUAUUUUUCUUUACUGGGUAUUGAUGCGGCUGUUGUUCUGCAACGAUCACCGCAGACUUUUGGACUAAGCAUCGAAAGAAAUCUCAAGCCUAUUACAGCAUUUUUCUUGGAGAAGGGCUAUAGUUUGGAGGAUCUUAGGACCAUGAUCCAAAGGUAUGGGGCCUUGUAUACUUUUAGUUUGGUAGAAAACAUGAUACCAAAAUGGAAUUUCUUUUUAACCAUGGGUUAUCCACAAUCAGAUCUUGUCAAGUUUCCCCAAUUCUUUGGCUACAGUUUGGAAGAGAGGAUUAAGCCAAGGUUUGCUCUUGUCAGGCGGUAUGGGGUGAAGUUGAUACUGAACCAAGUGUUGUCUUUAUCAAGCGAUGAACUUGAAAAGGUUCUGAAAAGGAAGUUGAAACGAAAUGGUGGGAAGGUUAUAACGGAAUAGCCUUAUAAGUGUUAUUCUUUAUCAAGUGGGAAGGUUCCAGUGGCAUAGCAUUUUUUGGAUGCUAUAUCAUUUGACAUGUUGAACACGAUGAAGCUGCUCAUAUAGUUGAUUUUGUUAUGGGUUUUUGUCAGUUGACUGGAAAAAAAUAGUUGAUUAGAAGAAUGUACAGUUACUAGAAUGACUUCUUCAAAAAUGUACUCUGAUUGAUUGAGUACUCUUUGUCAGCUAUAGUGUUAAGGAAAACUUUUGGCAUGAUGCAUGUAUUGCUUAGUCCAGCCUUUUCACUACAUGCUACAUUGUGAAAUUUUGACUUUUGAUAAUAGUUGUGUAAAUGAUAGUCAUUUUGACUGUUGAUAAUAGUUGUGUAAAUGAUAGUCAUUUUGACUGUUCAUAAUAGUUGUGUAAAUGAUACAAUAAUGUCAAAUGGGUUGUGGUGUGUACAAAUGUACAAUAAAUCCAUGUUGGUCCAUUUGAUAUUUCCUUUGGCCUGCAAUUGGUGUACCUAUGAAGUAUGAAUUUGAUUAAGCAAUGCAGAGCUGAUUUUAACAA